UGAUUAUAUGGAUAGAAUUGUUCAUGAAGAUGAAUGUAAACUUCUAUACACGGAUACCGAUAGCUGCUUCUACUUGCACAGACGAAAUAAAAAACCACCAUUUCGCGUAGGAGACAUGCUUGGAAUGAUGAGCCGCGAAUAUGAAGAUUGGAACAUUAUUGCAUUUUGUACCGGAGGAUGCAAACAGGUUUAG